AUGAGUCAGAUGAAUGUAGCUGGGAUGAACCCCGGGGCCGGGGGCCCCGUGGGAGGGGUCCCCAUGAUUAAUAAUGGUUCGACGGCUCCUCGUAACGAUGGAAAUGUGAACAACAUCCCCGAGUUGAUGAUUAACAACCUCAAUACGUAUAUUUAUGAUUAUUUGUUGAAGCGCGGCCAUCACGAGUGUGCUAGGGCCUUUGUGAAGGACGAGUCGAUCAAAAUGAGCACUGAGCCACCUAUAAAGUCAAGUCCAGGUCACCGUCGCGAUGGCGAGGUGAAUGGUAUCGAUGGUGAUACGAUGAUGACAGAUAGCAAGGACGGUGACAAAAUGAAAAUACCCGAUGACUUGCCACGGCCAAAUCUUCCUAGUGAAGGCCAGCAAUCCUCUUUUCUUUUGGAUUGGUUCAGCCUCUUUUGGGAUUUCUUCUGGGCUCAGCGCAAGAAAGGGAACAGCAAUGAUGUGAGACAGUACCUCCAACAUACUCAGAACAUGUUGCGCUUCCGAGAACAACAGCACAAUCAACUACUACGACAACAGCCAAUGAUGCCCGCCCAGAUGCAGCAGCUCAAUCUUCGCCGAAAUGGAUCUGUUGCACCCAACCUUCAGAAGACUGUUUUACAAAACAAUACUUCAGGCCUCUCCCAACAACAGCUUGCCCAACUCCAUAAAACGCAGCAAGUGCAGAUGAUCCAACAGAUGCAGAGAGAACACUCGGAUAUGGACAUGAACGGCCAUCGCCCCCAGUCCCCGUCUUCCGCAGAGAACGCCCCGUCGCCAUCGAAACGGCCCCGCCUCGAAGGUGGACACAUGAACGGACAGCAACUAGCUCCCAACGGACGGGGUCAAGGACAGGGUAUGCCCGGCCAGCCGAAUCCGCAAGCGCUUUUAAUGCAAAAUGGCCUCAAUCCGCGGCCGAUGAAUCCGGCCCAGUUCCAGGCUUUCCAGCAGUCGGGCCCUGCUGCGCAGCAGAAGUCAAUCCAGGUAUAUGCUCAAAAUUUAGCCCUUCACCACUCUCGCUCAGCAAUGAAUAACCAGGGCAUGCCGAAUGGUGGUUUGAUAAAUCCCGGUGUCAUGCCAAACCAGACGGAUCUGGUGCCAUUGCCAGAUGGCCAGGGUAUGUACCCGAUGAACGGCGAUUACUAUCCACCGAAUGGUCAGAUGGCCCAGGUUCGGGCUGGAUUGCAGACACCUGGCGGUCAGCAUGGGAAUCAUGCUCUCCAGGAUUAUCAAAUGCAGCUUAUGUUGCUUGAACAACAGAAUAAGCGGCGCUUGAUGAUGGCUCGUCAAGAGCAGGAUAGCAUGGCCCGUCCUGACGGUCAGCCCCCAAUGCCAGGGCAGCAGCAGGCUUUGCCACCAGGCACCUCUCCCCAAGGCAGCAGGGCGGGCACGUCCCCCAACCCGAACGAUCAAAUGAAACGAGGCACUCCGAAGAUGCCUCAGACCGGACUCCCUGGUUCCCCCAGCGGCGGUGACGCAAUGGCUCAGGGCCGUGGCUCGCCUGCGUCAAUGAAUUUCAACGGUGGCCAGAUGCCACCUGAGAUGGGCGGCGCUUUCUUCAUGAAAGGCAUGCAAGAUGGCAUGGCAGGCCCCAAUGGCAUGCGACCUCCGAGCUCGAAUCCCGCUUUCAGUGGCCCUCAAAUGGGUCAGCCGAUUCCUGCGGGCACUGGAAACCGGGUGCCGAGCGGAGGCUGGCCACCACAGCAAGUCCCCCGCGACCCAAACGACCGGAACGCCCCAAGAGCGCAACGCAAUGCCUCCCCUCAGGCCCCGCCCGCUGCGGGUUCUAAUACCGGUCGAACGCAGCCGCCGUCCCCUCAAACAGCACCCGCCCCACCUACGCCACAGCAAGCUAAUAAGCCCGCCCCGAAGAAAAAGGAGACCAAAGAUAACCGGAAGCGGACUUCAAAGAAGGCGACUACUGCCGCAGCAGCCGCAAACACUGCAGCCACUCCCUCGUCCGAAGCAGAGCAUCCUCCGACUCCUACGCCAUCGACACCAAUUACACCCCAACACCCCAAUUCGUUCAAUAAGGCCGGCACAAAUGCUACGACAAGUGCUCCACAGCAGCCAACGUCUGCGCCUGCACCCCAGCCGCUCGUACAGCCACCACCGCCACCACCACCGGAUCAAAGUCAACAGCCAUUUAAUGACCUGAGUAUCCCAGAUGCCUCUGCCUUCAAUCUUGAUUUCAGCGCUCUGGAAAACCCGGAUAUCUUGGAGAAUUUUGACUUUGACACGUUUCUCAAUACGGAUGCGGAUACCACCGGGUUUGGGUUCGACCCAGGCAUGCCAUACCCGACAGAUGGGGUUGAGACCGGUGCCGGAGAUGGCUUGUAA